AUGAAAGAACAUCUGGAUAAUCAGGAACAUCUGGCUCAUCUGGAUAAUCAGGGACAUCUGGAUCAUCUGGAUAAUCAGGAACAUCUGGAUAAUCAGGAACAUCUGGCUCAUCUGGAUAAUCAGGAACAUCUGGAUCAUCUAGAUAAUCUGGAACAUCUGGAUAAUCAGGAACAUCUGGCUCAUCUGGAUAAUCAGGAACAUCUGGAUCAUCUGGAUCAUCUGGAUAAUCAGGAACAUCUGGAUCAUCUGGAUAAUCAGGAACAUCUCGAUCAUCUAGAUAAUCAGGAACAUCUGGAUAAUCAGGAACAUCUGGCUCAUCUGGAUAAUCAGGAACAUCUGGAUCAUCUGGAUAAUCAGGAACAUCUGGAUCAUCUGGAUAAUCUGGCUCAUCUGGAUAAUCAGGAACAUCUGGAUCAUCUGGAUAAUCAGGAACAUCUGGAUCAUCUGGAUAAUCAGGAACAUCUGGAUAAUCAGGAACAUCUGGAACAUCUGGAUAAUCAGGAACAUCUGGAUCAUCUGGAUAAUCAGGAACAUCUGGAUAAUCAGGAACAUCUGGAACAUCUGGAUAAUCAGGAACAUCUGGAUCAUCUGGAUAAUCAGGAACAUCUGGAUCAUCUGGAUAAUCAGGAUCAUCUGGAUCAUCUGGAUAAUCAGGAUCAUCUGGAUAAUCAGUAACAUCUGGAUCAUCUGGAUAAUCAGGAACAUCUGGAUCAUCUGGAUAAUCAGGAACAUCUGGAUCAUCUGGAUAAUCAGGAUCAUCUGGAUAAUCAGUAACAUCUGGAUCAUCUGGAUAAUCAGGAACAUCUGGAUAAUCAGGAACAUCUGGAACAUCUGGAUAAUCAGGAACAUCUGGAUCAUCUGGAUAAUCAGGAACAUCUUGAUCAUCUGGAUAAUCUGGCUCAUCUGGAUAAUCAGGAACAUCUGGAUCAUCUGGAUAAUCAGGAACAUCUGGAUCAUCUGGAUAAUCAGGAACAUCUGGAUAAUCAGGAACAUCUGGAACAUCUGGAUAAUCAGGAACAUCUGGAACAUCUGCAGCAGUUUACAAGCAGUCGAUGGAUCUGA